AUGACCUUCCGCUGCAGCCCUCUGUCCGCUGGUCCAAGUAGUUUCCGAACAACUGCCAUAACUCCGUGGGUACUCCGAAACUGGGUGACGGUCCAAAAGGCCGUUGACUCCGUGAAAAAGUUGCCCUUUAAAUAUCCACCAACUUUAGUUCAGCAACUCAAAUUUAGUUCGGCGACAAGCGGGAAAACAACAAGUCCAAACAAGUCCCGAUGGAAAGUGGCGCGAGGCGUUCAAGGUUCGACCGCGUCGUCGCUACGACGCUCUACGACGUACAGCUACGUCGUAGAGCGUCUUCAAAUGCAGCUUGAU